UGUCCAAAGAUGAGGCUUCUGGCUCUGGUUGUGGUGUGCGGGCUGAUGGUGGCUCAGGAUGGAGGGAGUCUGGCUGCAGCUCUGCCAGGAUUUGACUCUGAACAGAGGACACAGGGAAGAGCAUCAGUCCUCUCUGCGCUGAGGAGAAGCUCUGCAGAUUAUCUGGAGGAUCCCAACCUUUGUUUCAGCCUGAGAGAGAAUGAUGACCAGAGGCAGCUCCUGUGCAACGACCGCAGGAGCAAUUUCAACUUCAACCCGUUCGGCCUCCGCUUUGGGAAACGCUACAACGGCUACAUCUACAGAAGAGCUGUUAAAAGAGCCAGGACAGAUCAAUUUUCACCUGUUUCUCUGUUUCCACGAGAACUGGAGGUGCCUACCUGA